GCCUGGCUGGAGUGACCAAAUUAGCAGCAAAGUUGAAAGAGCUAUAAAAGCAAAGGGAUUAAAUUUUUAUUGGUACAGUCGACAAGUGUAAGCCUUCCUUUGAAAAGAGUCUCUCUUCUAAAAAAUAAAUUAUAUAUUUAAAAAACAUGUUGGGACAGAUCGUUAUCGUAUGCGCCGUGGCGUCGCUUGCAUCUGCAGGAGUUGUUAGUCCCCCGUUCGGUUAUGCCGCUGCUCCUCUGGCCUACGCCGCUCCAGCGGUUGCCAAAGUUCACGCACCAUUGGCAUAUGCUGCUCCAGUAGCUAAAGCCGUCGUUGCUGCACAAGACUUUGACUACAACCCACAAUACAGUUACGGUUAUUCCGUCCAAGAUGGUUUGACCGGAGACGCCAAGGGACACCAAGAAACCAGAAAUGGAGACGUUGUCCAGGGACAAUACUCUCUCGUCGAGCCCGACGGUGCCGUCCGAACUGUCACCUACACCGCUGAUGACGUCCACGGAUUCAACGCUGUCGUCGACCGAUCUGCCCCCGCCGUCACCAAAGCCGUCGUCGCUGCCCCAGUCGCCAAGGUUCACGCCGCCCCACUCGCUUACGCCGCUCCAGUAGCCAAGGUCCACGCUGCACCUUUGGGAUAUGCCCACGGAGGACCUCAACUCGUCCGAGCUUAUAACUACAUGUGUCAGCUUCUCACAAGGAACUUUUUCUUCCAUUUACAAAGACAUUUCGGAGUCAAUCUUCGUGCCCACACAAGCAUCAAAAUGAUCAAGGCUGUUGCUCUCCUCGCUUUCGUCGCCGCCGCCAACGCCGGAGUUUUGGCCCCAGCCGCCGUCGGAUAUGCUGCCCCCGCUUACGCAGCUGCCCCCGUCAUCGCCAAGGCCGCCGUUGCCGUCCAACCAGAGCCAUAUGACCCCCACCCACAAUACAACUACGGAUACUCCGUCUCCGACGCUUUGACCGGAGACUCCAAGACCGCCUCCGAGACCCGUGAUGGCGACAGCGUCCAAGGCCAAUACUCCCUCGUCGAGCCCGAUGGUGCCAUCCGAACCGUCACCUACACCGCUGACCCCGUCCACGGAUUCAACGCCGUCGUCGACCGAUCUGCCCCAGCUGUGACCAAGGCCGUCGUUGCUGCCCCAGUCGCCAAGGCCGUCGUUGCCCACGCUGCCCCACUCGCCUAUGCUGCCCCAGCUGUCCGAGUUGCCCACGCCCCACUCGCCGUCGCCCACGCCGCCCCACUCGCCGUUGCCCACGCCGCCCCAGCUUUCGGUCACCCAGCCGCUGUCGGUUACGGACACGCCGCCGGAGUUUACCACCAUUAAGUAAUUUCUCCACCGAAGCAAUUAACUAGCUAAUUAAUUUAUUUCCGUCCGUUAAAUAUCGCCGCUGUCACCUCCUCAUCCGACUUCUUCCAUUAUUAUUUGUUAUUGGAUAAGAGAAGCCCUUACUGUUUUAUCUGUCGAGUUUGUCUUGUCAAUUCUGUGCAAUGUCGCAGGAAUCAAUCGUCCUAUGAAAAUAUCAAAUUGAAACUAUCCUACAAAAUCUGUCCAUAGUUCAAUCUCCUUGAUUCAAAGUCAAUAAAAUGAAACAAAAAUAUUUA